AUGGCCCGAAAACCACCAUCUCAAAAACCUAAGCGGGCUCAACGAGCUCAACGAGCUAACCGGGCCAAGUCCAGGUUCGAGACACCGGCGCCAUUCAGAAGAGGCAUCACGCCGUCUGUGGCAACGUAUCGCCUACGUCGGCGAACGCGAGCGCCGGCAACUUAUUGCCCGCAGUGGCCUCAGAUCGAUGGGGACGAGGAAGAGAACGCUCAAGAGAUGGUUCAGACUGUCGCCGAUCAUGAAGAGCAUCAUGAGGGGGUUGACCAUAUCAGUGGUGGACCAUUCUCAUCCACUGGAGAAGAAGUCUUGUCCGAAAGCGACCUCAGCGGCUUUCCCGAUGAUUUCUCCGAGAGUGCCCAUGAGAUUGUGAGAAGUACGGCGAACGGAACGCAAAGGCGUACAUGCAUUGAAUCCUUUUCAGACCAUGAAGAGGUCGAAGCUGGAGACCACAGGAGCCUCCGGGCGAGAGCGCGGCAGGAAAGGCCUACACUAGACCGCAUUGUUGGCCCGUCGAGACAAGAUCGGCCCGCCCGCGAGAUACCCAUGAGCCAAGAUGGUCCAGUUCUGAGCAAGAGCAGAGCGCAGCGUGAAGAAGUCAGGUCGGAAUUCAUCGAAUCAGAUACAGGCCAGGAGACGCUGGAACAGCGCCCGGAAUCGGAGGAAGCCGAAGAAAUUGGAGUGAUGAAGGUGGAUAGUGAAGAUACGGUUCAUUAUGUCCCGCCCACUGCUUCAGACCCCGCCGCUUCGGCAGGCUUAAGAGGAUUCCGGAGACAGCCGGAACCAGGGGAACCAAGCGGAUUCUCAAACGGAAGGAUAUACCCAAACCCCCGCAACCCCUAUCUGCCAACCCCACCCCGACCGCAAGAGCAGUGUAGCGAAAGAGCCAGUCCAAGGAGCGAAGCACAGGCCUACACCAUCUGCCGCCCACCCCCCACCGCACUCCCCCCCUCCCCAACUACUCCGCCUCAAGACCCCACGCACAUUUUUCCCCACCUCAACGCGCGUCUAAUCGACUUCGAACGCCUGACCAGGACCACACAUCCGUAUCUGACCCACGCCACCGAGCCCUCAGUCAUCUACGACCUUCUGCUCGCACAAUACAUAGUCGCGGACUGCGUGCGCGAGGCCCGAGAGCAGCGCUUGCGCCCGGUUGAUGAACUUGAGUAUCUUCGGCUGGUGCUUAGGUUCCGGGAAGAGCGGCCGCUGCAAGCGGGGAAAGAGUAUCCGGUUAAUAAACUGUGGUUUGUGAUGUUUGUUAGGGAGUGGUGGGGGAAGAGGGCUGGUGUAAGGGGGCGGGAAUAG